CUCCUUCUUCUCCUUCUCAAUUCACUUUAGAUUACUUUGAUGGCAUCCAGCUCAACUUGACGUUGAAAUCCAGACAGAGGACACCGUUCGUCAAAUUCAAGAUGAUGACGUCAUCAAGGAGUCCACUCGCAAUGACGUCAUUAGGCCUCCAUUACGAUUGUGAUUAUGACGACGAAAUGGGUCUUCCGCCAAUCACGGGUGGCAGUCUGGACAGAGACUUCAUGCGCAUCAACGUAUUUCCUCCUCCUCUUCAGACGCGCAGCAGUUCUGAAACCCGAAAAUUUUGCAUUCCUCAAACCGACGCAGAUUGGAUUCAGAUGGUAAAUAGAUUCAACAACGGACACCAAGAGAUGUAUUAUCCGUCUAAAAGUGUGUACUCCAAACCUCCGGGUCCGAAACCGAUCCGAUCCAUCAGCGCGAACUCCUAUUUUGAUCCGUUUACUUUGCGCACUGACGUUUCGGGCAGCACGAAGGCUCGUGACGUAGAGAACGGGAUGACGCGCGUACAGAUGGAGCGCGCGUAUCAACGCGCAUGUGCAAAGUCUACCGCAGGUGCAAGGUAUCGAGAACUGCCGUCCAAUUACUUACGCGAAUUUCCAAGAGAUCAGCAAAGAAUUCCUAUUUUGAGAACUAGCACGAUGCCCUUCGUUCCUCGUUAUGCAAAUUCUUCAACCUCGGAAUCGGGGUACUGCACCGGUGACGAAACAAAGAAAGCAUCGACAUGUCUAGCUUCUCAACAGCGAGAACAAAACUCUGUGCGUCCGAACCCUUUGUCGUCGCCAUCGUCAUCGAGACGGGCAGAUGGAAAUUUACCGUCGAAAAGAGAAGCGUGGUACAGCGCCCACUAUCGUGCUAAAAUCAUAAAGCAGUCACCACCGUGGCGCUCUCUUUUGAACAGACGACCCCAAGGGAUGAGAGCAAGUGGAGAGCUUUGCCCGAAGUAUUGUCGAUGCUGUUUCAAAGACACUUACGAUUCAAGCAACAAGAACAUUUUCAAGAUCGACCUCACGUAGACUAGCUCAGUUUUCAAUACAACUUUGAAUAUUCUCUAUUUAAAGAUUAUAUGCCUAUAUUAAUUUUAUACCAUAGCAUCCUUGAGAGCUUAUAGGAACUGGAAUGACGCCAGAUUACAAUGGUGGAUGUGGAUUUUAACGCGGAUCCUUGUGGAGUAUAAAAUGCACCAUAAGGACCCAAGAAAAGACAUUCAACGUUCGUCACGAUAUUUCAGGCCACAGGAGGCGUAUUUACCAUUUUGGACAUGUUGGAAGUCCUAUAGAAACACGAAUGAGUGUAAACGCUGGAUCAGGCUUUUAGACAUCCCGGAUCCAAGAUUUGAUUGAAGAUCCAAAACUGUUUAAUAGGGUUAUUAAAUGGGUACUUCAGGCUGAAGAUAUUCAUAUCUCAAUAAAUACAGUAAAUUCCGAAGCAAAAUGAUCAGUCAGAUUACAAACAACAAAUUUAUUGAAUUUUAAAGAUUUACAUUAUUCCAGUGAACAGUUCUAGGCAUGUCUU